AUCACAUAGAUCAACCACGUUAACAAUUAUGAACGAAACUUCAAACAUACGUGCAUAUUCUAGUGUUAGAUGUCCACGUACUCACCUCGUUGGUUCGAUUCAAUUCCAAGGAACUUCACCCGGAGCCGGUCACCCAAAUUGAUUGUCGAAACUGCCUGUUCUGGCCGGAUUGACUUGCUGCCUGAUCAUCGUCGGAACCAAGGGGGUCACCAAAUCGUCGUUGGUCUAACGCUGCGCUUUGCCGUAAAAGAGGGUCGCCAGCCACUGAUCCACCGUAGUCGGAACAGAGGUCGCUGGACAGGGGUUUUCCGGCGGAAUUCGUCACCCACGCCACCUGCCGCCUCCGCACAACCGCCGGAAAUCGAGAGGGAGCCACCAGGGAACCGGGUCGGGUCUGCUCACCGCCGAAUCCCUGGGCCGCUGUCGUCGCGUGUCAUCGCCGCCGGGGUUCUGGUUUGCCUUCGAUCGUCAUGCGCCUGUGUCGCAGGUGGGAAUCGCCGUCGCCGUCGUGGUGCUGCUCGGUCAGAUCGAAGAGGGAGACGGGACUGGUCGCGGCGGUUUCAAUCGAAGAAAGAAGAAGAAACCAGAGAGGAGUAUUCCGUAAUUUAAAAUAACUUGUCUAGUAUGUCUGAGUAAAGACACCCUCUUUUC